UCUUGGAAAGAGAAAGCAGUUUGAAUGGUGAGCUGGAGUGGCAUACAGAUGGAACGGUGCAUUUUUGGAUUCUAUUGCCUAGUUCUGAUGGACCCAGGACAGGUUUGGACCGGAACACUUAAUCCUCAGAAACGUGAGUCAGAAGUGCAGGUAGAGGUCAAAGGCAAUACCACAUUGGGUCCCAUUUUAGAGGACACAAUUGUAGCCCCCACAGAGUCCAUCCCUGGGGGAGAUCGGUGCCUUGGUUAUUAUGAUGUGAUGGGCCAGUGGGAUCCUCCAUUUAACUGCAAUUCAGGGAUCUACAAAUUUUGCUGUGGGACCUGUGGUUACCGCUUCUGCUGCCAGUUCACAAGUGGAAGACUUGAUCAAAGUGGUUGUUCAAAUUAUGAGACACCAGAAUGGGUCAACACAGGCCAACCACCACCUCGAGUGGACGAGACUCCUCAGAAUCCUACCAGGGACAAGACCAACAUGAUUGUAUACAUUAUCUGUGGUGUGGUGGCCAUCAUGGUACUGGUGGGUAUCUUCACCAAACUGGGGCUGGAGAAAUCCCAGAGCCCUCAAGCUGAGAUUACCAUGUCCAGAACACUCACAGAUCUCCUAAAGCAGCCUAGUCACAGCUCAUCUGAUCACUUGCCUGAUGGCCAUAUCAGCAGUGUGCAGGUCCAGAUCGGUGACAGUCUUUCUCGGGGAUCUCCCACAAGUAGCAAAGACCAGAACCACCUGAACAAUGCUAUGGCCAACUCCUCCACAGUUUCACAGAUUGGGCUUUCACACUCACACAACAAUCAGCUGCAAAUGACAAGCGUUUUGCCUAACCAGGCUUCAGAUUAUGCCAAGUAUGCAACUCUCAAGGCUGUAGAAAGUGCCACAGAAGAAUUCUACAAGAGGUUUCCUAUGGUGGAUAUGCCACCAUAUCCCCUGACGCUACAUCAGAAUGAUCUCCCACCUUUUCCAGAGGGUGGUGCCCUCAUUGGCUUGGGGACACCAGGACAGAAGACUAAAGUCAUGAAAACCAAUGCAGGCAGCCCUGUCUUCAAAGGGGGCUGGGAUCACAGCCAUCCUGAAUUUCGACGACAAGCUUAUGCCACCAAGCGUCAGUUCAGUAUUGAGAAGCUGCCUGAGGUCUUCAGCCAAACACCCACUCACUAUGCCCAGCAACAACGGCUCUUUUCCACUAAUAGCAAGACUGAGGUCACUGUCUAG